AUGGCCUUCCACACUGGGCCACCAGCCUACUUAAUAGCCGUGUUUGCCGGUGUUCCGGCUGUCAUUCUCUUCUUGGCCCUGCUCGCGCUGUUCAUUCUGUGUUCCAAGCGCUACCGCCUCAACUGGUAUGAGCGCACUCUGCUGGAGGAGGACACAGCAGAUCAGACCGGUCCACUCCUCUCCAAAGGGCCCAGGGCCAGUCUGUUUCAAAAGGGUGGAUUGUUUGGGGGGUGUAAGGGUGGCUUGAUGUCUGGUGGAGGUGGAAACAGAGGUGGUCGGGGUGCGAGGACGGGCAGCGUCAAGUCCGAAUGGCUUUUCAGUGUGCGCAAGAUGGGAUCCUCGCCCAGCUCCCCGACGUCAGACGCCAGCGAGAAGUUCUGGGUGCCGCCCCACGUAAUAGAGAGGAAGAGAGCACAGAGUCUGGUGCCGUCUCUGUCCAGGAACGACAGCGAUGAAGACAUCAGCCCCUGCUCCACAGGCCCCAGUAAUAUUUCAGCAUUCCGAGAUCUUUCAUUUGCCUUUGCCUCUGAGAAGAUCCCCGGAACCGUGAUGGCAUCGGACAACCUUCCAUCGACCCCACCUCCUGGAUAUAACCCACAACGGCGGAGGGCGUCCAUGCAUGACGCAAUAGACUUCACCAAAAUAGAUACCAAGCUUUAUGAUAAAAAGCAAUUGGUCCGCCAGCAAUCAGUGUCAUCCCUCCAGGAAGAGCAGCUUGGCAGCCUUCAGCUGAGCAUGGAUUACAACCAAGAGACCUCCAUCCUCACUGUGACCGUGAUCGAGGCCCGCGACAUUGUGUCCCGUGACUUCAGUGGCACCGCGACACCCUACGUCAAGGUGUCGCUGCUGCCCGAACGGCGGAACGUACUGCAGAGCAAGAUUCAGAACAAGACUGUAAACCCCGUGUUUGAUGAGGAGUUUCUCUUUGAGGUUUCCACGGCCAAGCUGCCACAAACAACUCUGGAAGUGUUAGUGUAUGACUUUGACCAGUUCUCACGGGAUGAGUGUAUCGGUCAGGUGCAUGUUUUGUUGGAUGGGAUCGAUUUCUCUCAUAAAGUCACGCUGUGGAACGGAAUUAAUCCUUUCGACAAAAAAGAGCAAGACGAAGAUUUUGGGGACUUGAUGUUCUCGCUCAACUACCUCCCAAGUGCUGAACGUCUAACCAUCGUCAUUGCCAAGGCAAGAAAUCUGAGGCAUUCUGAAGAUGGCAAGAUAACACUUGAUCCUUUUGUGAAAGCAAUGCUGUUUUAUGGUGGCAAGAAGCUGAAGAAGAAGAAGACCUCGACAAAGCACAACACAUGUAAUCCCAUAUGGAACGAGGCUCUGGUCUUCAACCUGAGCAAGGAGCAUCUCAACAGCCUGUACCUUGACUUGGUGGUCUUUCACGACAAUAAGAUCGGCAACGAUGAACUGCUGGGUAAGGUGCGGCUCGGCCCCGACUCAGGGGGGGAUGAGAGGGACCACUGGAAGGACUUGGUGCAGGAGAAGUCGGCCACAGCCAGGUGGCACAACCUCUCUUGACGCCAUCUUGAUGAUAGUUUCCACAACAAGCUCAUGUGUUUACCAUGGAUGUUAAGGAGACGGAUUAGUCUACAGUGAGAUUAGGGGUUUAAUUCUGGGGGGUUUUAAAGGUAAUUUAAUUUAAUGGUCUUUGUUUAGUUUACAGUGAGAUUAGGGGUUUUCUCAAGGUACUUUAAUGGUCAUCUUUUAGUUUACAGUGAGAUUAGGGGUUUAA